GCUAUCUAUGGGUCCCGAGCAGGCGCCGUCGGUCGGUAGGUCGCCGGGCCUCAGCUCAGCUUAUAGGCAUCCCCCUCCCCGAGAGCCGAGAGGCGAUUCCGAGCGGGACCGAACCGAACCCAGCGGGAUCGUCUGGACGGUGGACGGUCCGAAACCCAGGAGGCGGAGGAGGAGUAGUAGUUCGUAGCCCGCAGCCCGCGGGAGAGGGAGCCGGUUGUACUCGCUCCGUGUCCGUGCUUAGCCUCAGACGCCGGACGCCGGUCGCAGCCGCAGCGCAACUCUAGCGCCGUUCGGUUCUCCAAGCGGUACAGCCAGGCCGCACUCUACUCCCGUCGAACCCCGGUUCCAAAGGCCGAGACCAUAUGGAGCAGCUGCUGGACGACGUGCUGGUGCUGGUGAUGCAGCACCUCUCCGUGGAGGACCUGCUCGCCUGCCGGCUGGUGUGCAGGCGGCUCGGUGAGCUGGCCCUGCACCGGGACGCCUGGCGCCACCGGCGGAUCGACGACGCCAAGCCGUGCGCGUGCGCCGUGCUGAACCUGGCGCCGUGCCUGCGUGAACUGGUGUACAGCGAUAAGGUGCACCCCUGGGCGUUCCUCACCACCAGGUGCGCCGUCGAGCAGUUGGUCUUGCAAAUGUCAUCUAAAGACUACAACUUCUCCAAGUACGCCCUGCUGAUCCGCAACCAGGAGGCGCUCGGACGCCUGAGGCGCAUUGAGAUCUGGGCCUCCGACCUCCUGGGCUCCGUUGGCUCAGGCUACAUGGAGGCCGAGAGGAAGGCCAGUGGUGCCGACAUGCUGCUGAAGACGCUGGUGACGUGCUCCGACCUGGAGUCGCUCGACGUUAGAUUCGGAACAGUUGCAUUCUCUAGCUUUCUCUCGUACGGGUCACACAGGCCGUCCUUGAAGUACUUCCGAUGCACGCUCGACGCUGACUCGGACUCCUUCGCGCGCGUCGUGCUGGCGAGGCACGCCGACACCCUGGAGGAGGUUGACCUCGGGUCGGGCUACUGCAACGAGGUCAAGCAGUCCAUCGCGCUGCUGCCCAGCCUGCCUAGGCUCCGCAAGCUGUCCUGCGAGGUGGUCGCCGGCGUGGAGGCCGCGGCCGGCUGCAAGGCGCUCUCGGACCUGACCCUCGUCAUGGACCUAGACGAGCCGUCGGAGCACCCUGUGGCGCUGCUGCAACAAGCCAGGCAGCUGCGCAGGGUCACGCUAGAGUUCAAAGACCCGGUGGACAAUUUGUACGAAGACGACGGCGACAGCAAGGUCGUCGCGGCCCUGGUGUCGCCCGGGCCGUCCCUCGUCGAGUUUCUGUCCGUGUCUAGGCUGAAGGGGGUGCAGGCGCUGACUGCCGCGCUGCCUCGGCUGCCCGCGCUGCGCCACCUCGUCGUGCUGCACUCCCCGAGGCGGAGGAACUACUUCGGUGACCACCCCGAUGACUCGGACGACUCGGACGACCUCGAUGACCUCCAGGACCUCCACGACCUGCUGCUGGGGGUGACGGCCGGCACGGCGCCGGCGCUGCGGACGCUCGAGCUGGACCUGAGGCCCCGCACGCCGACAUUGUUCUACCGCGGGACCCCGGAGCGCAUGGAGUGCGCCCACCUCUGGCUGCACGCGUACGCCGUCGAGGCGGUGCUCCAGGACAACCCCUCGCUCCACGUCCGGCUGCGGAUGGCCUUCAGGUGCGGCGCCGAGGACUGCGCGGCCUGCGUCCUGGACUGCCACCCCGAGCUCAGUUGGGACGGGGUGUCGAGUAGCACGGCCCCGGUCGGGCUGACCGCUCACGAGCGCGACCGCUGCCCGUCACCGCGCGACCACCCCGCGGACGGCUCCAUCAAGUGGAUUCAAGUACGGGUCGCUCCGUGAUGAUGUGUUUGUCCACACUGCUUUGCGGUGUCUUGUUUUCCGAUAACGGCCUGAAAUAAAUGACUGAGCCCCGUGUACUGCUUCGUUCUACUGUUUCAUUUUUUCGUACCCGAACAACUAACUAUACUACGACGUGCUGCAAAACACCAGCGCGGUUGAAAGUGAGAGUGGGGUG